AUGAUGUCCAUGGAGCCAAUGCAGCCACUGGAGCUCUCAGAAGACAGGCUGGAUGUGUUGGACCCACGCUGCAACCACUUAGAUGACCUUUCGGACCAGUUCAUCAAAGACUGUGAUCUCAAAAAGAAGCCAAGAAAAGGGAAAAACGGACAGACUACUCUGAAUGUCGAGUCAGACCAAAAAAAACCAAGGAGGAAAGAUACCCCAGCCCUGCACAUCCCACCCUUUAUACCAGGGGUGAUAUCAGAACACUUGAUUAAAAGGUAUGAUGUUCAAGAGAGACAUCCAAAGAAUAAAAUGAGCACAGCUCCUCAUAAUGCUGAUCUGGACCAGCAAAAACCCAGGAGAAAAGACACACCUGCCCUGCACAUGUCUCCCUUCGAGUCAGGGGUGAGGCUGCUCCAGGAAGAGAGGCCCAAAGUGAUCCUGGAAGAUGACGAAAAGGAGGGUGACAAGAUAGCUAUUUAA